AUGAGGAGUGCACCCCACUGGACGCACAACAUGAGAAGCGCCGAGCGGGAAGGCAACGAGAAAAGCGAACCCAGAGACCCAGACAACUGCAGCUCGCAAGGGAGGGAAAAGAAGGAUGAGAAACAGAAGCAGGAGAAGGAUGCACGAAGGAGAAGCCAACAAUACACCAACGAACUGUGCGAAAUUCUCUCCUCCGAUGACAGCAACCAACAGAUCGAACAAGACACAGACAACUUUAUUAUAGUAGAGCUCAUUUCAUACAUCGGUGGGAAUUCCAGAAUUAUGACCUACUAUCCUAGCACCCGUGGAAGCAAAUCCGGGCAGAACAAGUACCUACACCACUUUUACAGCAAAAAGAGGAUAAAGCUGUAUCUGUGCCUCCACAAAAGGAGCAACGAAAUUUAUAUAUACGAGGUCGAGUCUAGGAAGGUCAGGAGGAGGGAGACACCCCCAGGUAGUGGUGCCUGUGCAGCUGCCGUUCCAGAAGCCAUCUCUAUCCAUGGAGACGAGAUGAGCAAAGUGAGUGCAUUUCUGCACAGCGCUAAAGUUAAAAGUGAACCACCAUCUGGUGAUGCACCCCCACGUCACAAUGAUGAACACAACCCCAUCGUCAACGAAUUUACCUCGUCCUGCAAGGAAGAACCAACCCAUGACUGCAAAUCAGGCAAGUACAAUGUAAAAGUGGAAGAUAAAGCGGCAGUAAUGCUAAGUGAAAACCCUAACUUGGGAGAAAGAUGCACCAAAAAAAUGGUUGUCACAAAAUUGUUCGAUAGCGUACACUGCAGCUAUGACUUUUCCACCAUCGAAUUCACAAAAUUCAACAACCCAGAUGAUAAAACGUUAAACUCCUUGAAAAGCAUUUUGGAGCAGAAGAUUAACAAAGGUGAGAGGGGGGUCUCCCACAAGGGGGAUGCCCCAACAGGGGACGCCCAAAUUGACAGUUGUAGUGUUGAUGGUACUUUCCCGAAGGGCAUUCAUCCUGGUGACCACUCCUGCGGGAAAGCAGACGAGAUGGGAAAAAACGUGACCCACUCAGGCGAUAACGAUAAUGCAUGUGACAGCCAAGUUAAAAUUCUCUUUCUCCAUUUUCGCGAGCCAGCAGACAUAUACAUGAACCAGUUUGCGGCUUUCGAUCAAGGUAACGAAGAAACGUGCACGAAGGAAAUAAACGGCUUCCUGAAGGACGAGCAGCAGCGGCACAUCGAGCUGCAAUGUGCAAAAGCUAAACGGACAAACAACUACGGAUCGCAAAUCAAGCAAAUAACAAACGACCAAAUUGAACAAAGCUUCUUACAAAGUUACGAAAGUGACGUAAGCAUUUACAGCAACGACCUCUACUUCAGCGAUACACAAGUGGUAACAGGAGAAAACGAACCAGACAUAAAUGAGAAGAAGAGAAAAAAAAACUUUCCACUGUUCACUCGAAGCCAUUUAAAAAUUAAGUGGCUUCUACUCAACUUGAAUUUAACAAAAGAGGAAGAAGCAGUCGUACAAAAAUAUGUGCUGUCGAAAAAGGCCAACAUUCUGAGGUCUAGCAAGUCUACCCACGAAUGCAACGACCUGCACUCCAGUUUUUACAAAACGAGGAAGAAGUCCAACGGGGAGCAUACAAAAUCACAUAGGGAAGAAGAAUCUCACUUCCUUAAGGGAGACACCACUUCGAAUGGGAAACCCUACCCCACGCGUAGUACCCGACAGGGUAACUCCCAACCCAGUCAACAGAACAAAAACAACACUGAAAGGAGGAACCUCAAUGAGGCACACCAUACUCACCUAUCCAUGAAUGAUCAGGAUCACAACUACCAGAAUGAGAACACUAUAAAAGAAAAAGUAAAUCAGGGAGAGAACAAAUUAAUGUUCACUUUUAAGUUAGAAGAUGAUGCAGUGAAGACGAGACUGGUAGGCGAUCUCCACCAUGAGCCUGUCUCAGUGGAAGACAGAAUAUCAUGUCAGGGGGGAGCAGCCGACCACGCUGCGGAGGUUGAUCCUGCUGUGCUCGAAUCGGAUGCUUCUGUUGAGCCAGUUUUAUACAACCACACUUCGAUUCAUCCAACUGAUCACGAAGCGCACAGCAAAUUUAUCCCCAGCGUAAACACCUCGAAGGGGAACACCUACCACCAUGAUGACGCCACCACCUGCCAGGAUUCGAGCCGCCCCUCCAAAAUAUGUUCAUCGUACUCCUACCUGGACCAAGGCUCCCAAACAUUAUACGAUCCGGCUACCGACGAUAAUGAGGAAGACACCCAAAAGGGCAGGAAAAGAAAAAUAGAGCAAGUAGAAAAUGCUAACGAGGUGCAAAAUAAAGAGCAAAAAAAUUUUCAUGUUUUAUCGGAGGUGGAAAAAUACGAUGAUACUUUUCCUGAGAUUCGAAAUAGCGAAUGUGAGAUUGUCACCCCCGAGGUGGAAGCCCCAAUCGGCAGGUGUCAAGUGAAAGACGUGAGCAGUACGUCAAACGGGGCGUCAAAAAUUGAAGCAAAUAACGCAUCGAACGAUGCUGCAAACGACACUUCGAACGAUUCCCUUGCGAGUGGCUCCGGCAACUCCAACGUCACCUACAUCUCCGAGACGGACUCCAGGUACAGGCAGUGUGGUGAUUCGGUGGAAGAGAUCCUCCCAAGGGGGGAUGAGCAACAACAAUUUCAGGGUUGCGCGACCGACACGAUGAAUGGCUCCAUAACGUUGCAGUGCGAUGGGUUCGUCGGCAGCUUUGGUGGCUACUCCGACGGGGAGGGUUGCCUCAAGGGGGAUGCUUGCCGUGCCGACCAGGAAGGGGCUAACGGUGCGAGUGGCGUAAGUGGGGACGACCCCUAUCGAUGCCACGCGGAAAGACCAGACAAAACCACCCCAAACAGCGCACCCAACGGAGGCUGCAACGGAAAAGAUGGACUGGGGGCUCUCUUCCUGAAACACAAAGUGGGAAGCCUGUUCGACGUCAUCAAAGUCAUAUGCUGCAACUUCAUGAGGCACUUCAAAUACACCAGCAAGCUAAAGUUCUACAUAACGACAUUUUUAAAUUUCUCAAAAAUAGAAAAAACCAAACUGCAGUUCAUGCAGAAGGAGAGAAUACUAGACACGCACCUGCUCAAAAUGUACGUCAACAAAAAAACGGAAGACGUUAAAAACGCGUGGAAGAUCAACACAUACAAAAUGGACCCACACAAUCUCUUCCGUUUAGGAAAAUUCAAAUACAUCGACGAUUCGAUUAUCGACUUUUUUCACAACUAUAUCUAUUCCUUUGUUCUAAAAAAUGACAAGAGGAAAAAAAACGACAUUUAUAUUUUCAAUACUUUUUUUUAUAAAAAAAUUGAGUUGUAUGAAGAUUCCUGCAAGGCAUAUAUGAGCACAAAUAGGUGGAUUCAAAAGUUGGAUAGGAAGGUGUACGAAUACACCUACGUGUUUGUUCCCAUCAAUAUUAGUAACACGCACUGGUCCCUCGUGCUGCUCUACUUCCCCUUUAAUGAUAAGCAGGAGGGGGAACAAGAAGAAAAAAUAUACUCCCAGAAGGGAAGCACACCCAGUGAAGAAGAUUCCCCAAAGAGCAGCAUGACCAGUGAACGCAGAACACCCAGUGAGUGCAACCAACCCAGGGGAGAAGACCCGCCCCCAAACCAUUUACAUACAACCCUUAGGAGCAAAUCGUGCGAGUCGUACUUUUCCGAAAGGGGGGUCCUCUCCGAAUCGAAACAGCCAAAAAUAAAUACCGCUCUUCUGAGGAAUUAUCUGCAAGGACAAGACAACCUGCAUCAUCACCAUGAGAAGGAAGAAAGACAAUCCUGCAAGAAUACAAAAAGUUCAAGUGAUUGUGGAGACCAGCACUUAGGGAAAAUUCCCCCAAAGGAAGACAUGAAGAACCUUUUGAACGACACAAAUAAAACGGGUUCUACCAGAACCUGCAAUGACACUUCAAGCAAAAUGGAGGAUCAAGAAAAAAAUGAAAACGCUAAAGUGGCCUACAUGAUUUACCUCGACUCGCUUUUCCCCUCCAUCAGGGGAAAUAAAAUUUUGCACAAAUUGAAAAAGUACCUGGAGCACAUGCUGCAGAGGGAUUACGCAUCUUCCGCGGGGGUAGCCACGACACCAGGGGUUGCCCCCGCCGCUACCACGAACGCUACGACGAAUGUUACGGCGAAUGCUACCGCAAACGCUACUGAUGAUAAGCCGUCCACUGCUGCCCCCCCGCGGAUUUUCUUCAAAUUCGUCUACCCCAACGUUAUCCCCAAGCAAACCAACACUUACGACUGCGGUAUUUAUAUUAUCCAGUUCGUUUUGCAUUUGUGUCUGAACAAGCACCUGGUCGAAAGUGAGUUGAUCAAGUCGUGCCUGGACCAGGGGAAGAGCAGCCCUGGCAGUGACCGGUUUCGCUUCAACCUUCACAAUAACAGGCGCGAUGUUGGGGGUUCCUACUCUAGGUCAUGUGUAGGAAAGCCCACCCCGUGGUUCUCCCCAAAGGAUAUCAGCUUAAAGCGCAAGCAAAUGAAGAAGAUGCUCCUCUACAUGAAAAAUGUGGUCGACUGGAAAUCGGACAGACACAUACAGGCCCUCAAUUUGCUUUUUUUGAAGAGUCACAGUGUGGAGGGUAGGAAGGCCAAAGUGGAAGACUCCUCU